CAGAUGCAGACAGGAGGUUUGUAAGAAGGCAACACAAAUAAACAUGGAGGAGAGUGAACCUCACACAGAACAAGGGAAUUCCAAACAGGAGACUCAUUCAUACCUCAUGUCUUCCAGCAGGUCACAUUCAGUCUGGUGUUUAAAGUGCAGUCUUGUCAUCUGCUCCGUGUGUGUGUUUUUCAGCUCCUGUGUCACUUUGACCUGGGGGUAACAAAAAGGCAUAUCAGGUGUUCCCACAACCAAGAUGGCCACCUUUGACAACAACAGCAACACAAACCAAACCAGAGGCUACGGUGCCUCGUACUGUCAAUUCAAUGAAGAUUUUAAAUACAUUCUCCUGCCUGUGAGCUAUGCCCUGGUCUUUGUGAUCGGCCUGGUGCUGAACACCACAGCGUUGUAUGUGAUUGUGUUCCGCACAAAGCGCUGGAAUCCAUCCACCAUCUAUAUGUUCAACCUGACCAUGUGUGACACUCUCUACAUCUUCACCCUGCCCUUCCUCAUCUACUACUACGCCGACGAGAACGAUUGGCCCUUCAGUGAACCCUUUUGCAAAGUGAUACGCUUCCUGUUUUAUUCCAACUUAUACGGUUCCAUAUUGUUUCUGUGCUGUAUCAGUCUGCAUCGCUUCAUUGGAAUCUGUUAUCCAGUCCACUCCCUGUACUGGGUCAGCGCUCGUCGGGCUCGCCUGGUGUCUGUGGCAGUGUGGGCCUUUGUGUUACUCUGCCAGGCUCCUGUUCUCUACUUCUCAAGAACAAGGGAUGUGGCCACUGAGCGGAUCUGCUACGACACCACCAGCCCAGAGCUGUUUGACGACUUCCUGGUGUACAGCUCUGUGGUGUCAGUGUUCAUGUUCGCCCUGCCCUUCAUGGUGGUGAUGGUGUGCUACGGCCUUAUGGUGCGGAAGCUUCGGGAGCCAAGCUGGGGGUCUUCAGGUGGGGAGGGAAGGGAGAGGGGAGGUCUGGCGGCCCAGCGGUCCAAGCAGAAGUCAGUGAAGAUGAUUAUCAUCGUGCUGGCAAUGUUCAUGCUCUGCUUCCUCCCUUUCCACCUCACCAGGAGUCUGUACUACUCCUUCAGGUACCUGAGGCAGUCCAACCCAGCACAGCUCAGCUGUAGUUGGCUUGAGGCCUCCAGUAUUGCCUACAAGGUGACCCGACCUUUGGCCAGUGCCAACAGCUGCGUGGACCCCAUCCUUUACUUCCUGGCUGGGCAGGACGUCCGCAGUAACCUCACAAAGAAGAUCAGAUCAAAACAUGCAGGUGUGAGCCAGUUCUCGACGACACAAAUCUGACCCAGCACCUCAAUGUGUCUUGGUAAACAUGUAAAAAGUUGCAGGGACUGUGCUCAUGACACCUCAUCAGUGCAACUUUCAAUGUUCAGCAAGCACAAGACCUCUGAGUGUCAGGUCUUUAUGAAGAAGCAAAUGUUAAAUCCUAUAUUUUAUUCUUUAAGCAAUUAUGAAUGUUGUUUUUCAUCAGGAGUUUAAUUUAUAUUGAUACAAAUAUACUGUAAAUGGGUGCUCAUCCUUAGAAAUGUCACAGAAUGUAAAGAAAAACCAAAGCACUUACUGUUCUUUUUAAAUAAUUGAAGGACUUUAGUUGUGCGAGUUCAAACACUCUGCAUUGGGAUUUCUGUCAUCACCCGGCAGAAAAUCUAUGCUCAGGAUGAGUUAUGACGACGAAAGGUUGUAAAUAAAUCAUGUAGUGCAUUCCUGACUUGACUCAUCUGAGCCACAUGUAUCAGAUACUGCAUGUCUGUGUUCCCUUGUCAGACACUCCCUGCCCUUUAAGGCUUGUUAGGAAAAUUUUAAUGAACAUGUGCCAAUUUAGUAUCAUGUGUCAUGCAGCAAUUAUUUCAAUCUAGAUGCCUUUAUGUGUGUGGAAUAUUUUCUUCUCACAUAACAGCUGAGUAAGUAUCACAAUAAUUCUGCCAAACAUUCUCUGCACAGGCUGAUUUCCUUUAUUUAUUCUGUAAAAUCUCAGAUUAUUUCUACAGUGCAACCUCUGAGCAGCAUAACCUGAAACCAGAGCAGUUUGCUGUGACGUCAGUCUGUCAGUUAUGAAUUUGGAAAGUGCAAUUUGUGGGAAGAGCAAGUACCACUCAGUAAUCGCUCUGGUGUUGGCCACACCUCAUUUACGUUAUCAGGGGUCCCUUUUCAUUUAAUGUAUACAAGUCCACAACUAGGGGGAGACACUGGUUAACAAAUAAGACAGGAUGUUGCUUAUGAGGCUUUGGUCUCAACCAUAGACUGUAUACAAAGAGGUCCCAACUCAAUUUUUGAAGCAAGUUCUUAAACAAACACACACACAAACAACUCUGUCAACAACAAAAGCACAAAAAACAAGUGUGUAAAAUACAUCCCUUCUUUAUUUCAAGAGUAAAAACAUCAUACAGAAUAAUGUCAUCAUAUAAACACAAUCUAAAAAGUUGAUGAAAUGAAAUGUUUUUUUAUUCCUUCCUACUCGCCAGCUUGGAGACAUUUAAUAAGAAACCUAACAGAAGUAAAAAGAAAUCAAAUAAAAAACAUGGAACUGUAACUGUAAUAUUUAUCAUAACAUAAGAUAAUGUGAAAAUAAGCACCUAAAAAAACCUCUAUGAAUAUAGUGCACUCUUUAAAACCCAUGAGGAUGUAAAUUAAAGCCAAGACUUUGAAGCAUCUCGACCACUAAUCCUCUGCAGCCAAGGUUGAUUUAAUGAAACUAUAAAGAAGGAUAACGCAUCUCUGUGUGUAUGUUUAUUUAUGUGGGAGUCGUUACUUAACUGAGGUUGGGUUAUGUGCACAGAAAAGCAUUUCACUAAAAUGUUGCAGCCAAAUGGUGAAAAGAUAAAACUGAACUGAAUUAA